AUGGCUGCUGGUGGUGAGGAUUUAUGGCGAGAUUGCGCUUCUUGGCUUACUAGAUGUGGCUUAUUGCGGCCUGAUCAUAAAGCCAAUUGGGAUACUAGCACCAUACACGAUCUGGCGUAUACCUUACGAGAUGGUGUUCUACUUUGCAACCUCCUGAACGUCCUGCAUAAGGGCUGUAUAGAUAUAAAGGAUGUGAACCAGCGACCCCAGAUGGCUCAGUUCCUGUGCAUGCGCAACAUCAAAGUAUUCCUCAGGACAUGCCACGAGGUGUUCGAAUUGAGGGAGACGGAUCUCUUCGAUCCGUCGAUGCUGUUCGACCUCUCGAAUUUCCACAGAGUACUCUGCACCCUCGCUAAACUCAGCCAGUGUCCGAAAGCUCUGGCCAAAAAUAUAAAACCCUUCUCAGCGAAUCGUACCCAAUCAGAGGAGGACAUCUACAAAGACCUGCAAUCUGUCGCGAGCCAGUCCCUGGACAUUCCACCCUCCUAUGAGACGACGCACCAGCCCCAAGCGUCUGACGUGCCCUGGGUUCAGUUUACGAUACCCAGCAGUAACUGUGAGGAGAGAGUCGAGGAGAUUUAUGAGGACCUCUGCUAUGUCAAGUUGAAUUCGGAAGUACCUGAGGUGGCGAUCCCGUUCUGUACCCGCACUAUGAGUUUGAAUAACCGAAACGCUAAAAAUACUUGUGAAUAA